AUGGACAGGGCAGUUUGGGCUGAUCCCAGCUCCCAGCCUGGGCACUGCAGCAGCAGCAGCAGCGCGGCCACUCUGCCGGCCGGCCCUGCUUUCCCUCUGUCAGGGGAUCACUACCUGAGGCCGUUCAGGGAGCCCAGCAGGAUGGUGACCCCCUGGUACCCCGAGGGCUGGCCAGCCGGACUGCCCCCCAGCAGCAGCAGCGAGGGGUACCCCAGGGGGAGAGCCCCCCAGCCGGGUCCUGAGGUCAAAUCCCCCUCCCCGGCGCUGCAGCCUGGCUGGAGGAUUCCCCCUCCCGGCCCUUCCUGCUGCUACCCUCUGCCUGGGCAACCUGCCCUGUGCCCACAGCCGGAGCCCCCAGCUCGGGAUCCCCCGGGAGAACAGCCCCGGAGCCCGGAGAGGCGGCAGGAGGAGGCGGAGGGGACCCUCCCGGACACUGAGCCCGAGGAGGCACCCACUUCCGAGGAUUUGGAGCAGUUUGCUAAAGAACUGAAGAAGAAGCGGAUUAUUCUGGGGUUCACACAGGCUGAGGUGGGCCUGGCCCUGGGAGCUCUGUACGGCAGGAUGUUCAGCCAGACCACCAUCUGCAGGUUCGAAGCCCUGCAGCUGAGCUACAAGAACAUGUGCAAGCUGAAGCCCCUACUGCAGCGGUGGCUGGAGGAGGCUAAUGACACCGAGAACUUUCAAGAGCUGUGCAGCAUCGAACAGAGGCUGGCCCCUAGCCGAAAGAGAAAGCAGCGCACCAGUAUCGACAAUAACCUGAGGGAGGCGCUGGAGUCCGCCUUCCUGAAGUGUCCGAAACCGUCCGCUCAGGAACUUGGCCAAAUCGCAGACAACCUCAUCCUGGAGAAAGAUGUGGUCCGAGUUUGGUUCUGUAACCGGCGUCAGAAAGGGAAGAGGGCACUGUUCCACGGUGGAGAGGAUUCCGAGGGACUGCCCAGGUACGGGCUGUUCUCCAUGCAGCCUGCCCAGCCAGGAGUGCCCAGUCCGCUCAUCCCCCAGGGGUAUGAUGGGGUAGCCGUUACCAGCAUGUACACAGCCCCCUUCCAGGAUGGCAGCGUGUAUCGACAAUCUGAUCCAGUGUCUGCGCCAAUGCACUCGAGUUUGGAACUGACAGGAAUCACUGAGCACAGGAGGCUGGGCCAGGGAGCACUGGCGUUGGCACAGUCAUCGCAAUAG